AAUUCCGGGGUGCCGUAUUGUUUAGACCGCGAUUCGAAGACCGUGUGCUUGUGUGUGGCUCUCUCAUCCAACUUCCAAAUACCUCCGCAACAUGUCAUUAGAUUCAUUGCUUGCUGUUUAGCACUUUCCCUUCUUUAAAACCAACACCAGCGGAGGGAGAAGACUCAGACAUUCAGACCAGAACCAGGUAGAUAGGAUAGGAUGACGAUGGAGAACUCAACUACCGCUAUGGCUCCUUUUCUUCUUCGGAAUUUGAUAACCUCUAUAUUCAUCUUCGCUGAUAAAUCCCUUCUCAAUUUAUCAGAAAGAUAUAAGCUUCUCCAAUUCAUUCGCUACCUUCUUAUCCAACUUCUCUUAUUUUUUUUUCGUUUCCUACCUUCUAUCUUUCCUUCCUUAAUUGCUAAAUCAGCGGUCGACUUUCCUCUCAAAUCCCACCACGUUAAGCGGGAAUUCCCGACCCAGGGAGACUCCGGUAUCGCUCGAGCACUCUCUCAGAUUCUGUCCAUCAUCAACGAUAUCCCAGUCAGCUCCCGCAAAUAUGAAACGGUUCGAAACUUAGCUGAAAAUCUCAUCGACGAAAAUCUCCGGGAAGGAUGCGAGUCGCUGAGAAAAGUCAACCAAUCGGUUCUAUCGACGGCGUUCGCCAGGACUCUUUGCCUGCUCGAAAGGGCGAUGUCAGAGCAAGAGCGAGAGCAGUUCGAUGGGGUUGAUUACUCGUUGAAUCGGGUUUUGAGAGUAGUCCGGUCGUUGGGCGACGGGGCCAGAGCCCGCCUCGGGGUCGGGGGAUCGAGGGAGGACAUGUUGCCUCCCGGAGCUUCUGCCGAAAAGUUGGCUGCCGAGCUGCUCUGGUUGGCAGAAAAAUUAGCGGCUUGCAGGAGUGCAGAAGAAGCCGUAUGGCGAUGGGGAUCAGCUUCAGACUUGGCUCGCCUCGCUCUUUCGGCGCCGCCGCGACUUCAGGGCUCUCUGGUCAAGGUAUCUGCAUUUUUGUUCAAGCACGUCAAAGAAUUGGGAGAUGGAGAAGAAGUCAAAGACGAUAAAGACAAGAGAGAGAAAGAGGAGGGAAGGAAGAUGAAGAUACUAAUGACCUGGUUGCCAUUGUUGUGCCGUGCAAGCAAUGGAACUGAUGCACCGAUACUGAGUGCCAAAGAAAGAGAAGAAGUGCAGAAAGUAUUGGAAGAGACAAUAGAGAUGUUGAACCGGGAGGAAGAGCAGGAACAAGUGUUGGCUCUCUGGCUCGACCACUUUAUCUCUUGCCCCAACUCAGAUUGGCCCAAUCUGCAGGCCUGCUAUGUUCGAUGGUGUGAUGCAUCCCGCAAAGACUUGCUUCUACACUGAAUUGAAGUAGUGGUUACGUAGAUUAAUUUCUACUACCCCUUAAUUCCUUCCCAUUUGCACACAAAUUCUAGGGAAAUUUCUCAUACUAGGAUUACUCUAUUAUUCUCCUUGAAUAAUAAGAUAUAUAUACCUGUCAUUUCCUAAAUUUCAUCCGUUAAUUAAUUAUAUGGUUGAUCAAUAAUGAUCUUUGUAUAA